AUGGCGGCUCCAAACACCAACACCCCCGUCACUCCUGACACCCUCAUCACCAUCAAGAUCUCCGUCAACGAACAGCUUAAGAAGCUGAAGCUGCCGCUUCGCGACCUUGGUGCCGCGGUGCUGCCUGAUAAGCUCCGCCAGGUGCUUGCCAUCACUCCAGAACAGAGCGUCGUCCUCGAGCGGUAUUCCGACUCCGCUGGCGGUUACAUCAGCCUCGACGAGAGCAAUCCGGCUGCCUUCAAGACCCUCAUCCGAGCCGCCAAGGCUAAGCUGAAGCUACGCCUCAAGGCCACUGUCACACCCGUGGAGGUUAAGGAGGUGAAGCAAGAGAAGCCAGUUGAGAACAUCAUGGAUGCAGCUGCGACUACAUCUCGCAACUCCACCGCCCUAGACCAGCGUUCCGUUGGCAGCGGCAUCUUCCAGUUCCGUGAGGCUCGUGCCUCUCAGCAGACGCUCGUCAACACGGACGAGGCUCCCGUCCCGGGCCCGUUCACGACCGACCGAUCGAGCUUCUUCAACGAACUUGCGGCUCCCGCACAUCAGCCAGCCUUGGCUUUCCGCCCUCGCGAGCCAGUUGGCCCAGCUUCUGCUCACCCACAUGCGUGGUCCGUCUACUGCAACCAGUGCGACAAGGCCAUGUCCAACGAGCACUACCACUGCAACGUGUGUGACGGUGGUGACUACGACCUCUGCCAGGACUGCGUCACCUCGGGUAAGAUGUGCCCCGGCGACAACCACUGGUUGAUCAAGCGUUUCAUCCAGGACGGCAAGGUCAUCAGCAGCACUACCGAGCGUGUCUCUCCACGCAAGGCCAAGUCUGUCCCUGCCUUCAUCAAGCAGGAGCCAGUCGAGAUAGAAAUGCCAGGUGCCUUCACUGAUGACACCAAGACACUGGCCAUGGAGCCACGCACUCCAACUCGCACUUGCAAUAGCUGCAUCAUUGCUCUUCCAGAGCGCGAGUUUGUCACUUGCACGUCUUGCGAGGACUUUGACCUCUGCGUCAAGUGCCAUUCCGAGGACAAGCACGGCCACCACCCCGCUCACGGCUUCAAGCCUGCCACUGAGGAGACCAUCCUCCCUCUCUCUGCCGAGACGAAGCUGGCCCCAGGUCGCAAUGUCCGCCACAACGCCAUCUGCGAUGGCUGCGACAAGAAGAUCUACGGCGUGCGCAACAAGUGCUUGAACUGCCCAGACUUUGACUACUGCAACGACUGCAUCAAGACUGCUCGCCACACUCACCCGCGCCACCGCUUCGCUCCUCUGUACACGCCAAUUGCUGAUCAGACCACCACUCAGGUUCGUCACUUUGGCAUCUAUUGCGAUGGUCCACUUUGCAAGAAGCCAGACCAGUCCUAUAUCCAUGGUGUCCGCUACAAGUGCACCAUUUGCCAUGACACCGACUUCUGCGCCUCUUGCGAGGCCCUUCCUGGCAACCACCACAACCGCACUCAUCCUCUCAUCAUGCUGAAGACUCCCGUCCGCAGUGUGAGCGUGUCGACUGAGAACGAGGACCAGCGUGGUCAGAUGCGCGUCAUGGGUGACCGCCAUGCCACUCCAGCACCGGCAGUUACCAAGAGCAUUGCUACUGAGACCACCCCAGUCCAGCAAACCAAUGCUGCCACUCAAGUCCAGACUGUCGCCGAGUUCACGCCAACGGAGGUCAAGAAGGAGGAGACCCAGCCUAUUCCGAUCCCAGUGAAGCUGCCAACCAAGGUCAGCAACGAGAAGUUCACUGCCAUCCCCGAUGCUCCUACCCCAGCCAUCCCGGCGACUCUGCUGAACGCCCACUUUGUGCGUGACAGCAUCCCAGACGGCAUGUCUGUCGAGCCAGAGUCCCGCUUCACUCAGAUCUGGACUCUCAAGAACCCAGGCCCAUACGCCUGGCCAGCUGGCUGCAGCGUCCGCUAUGUCGGCGGCGACAACAUGCUCAACGUCGACAACAGCCACCCAGCGUCGGUUGCUGCCAUCAACGAUGCCACCGAGAGCAACGUUGUCGGCCGUGAGGUUCAGGUCGGCGAGGAGGUCGCCUUCAAGGUCAUCCUCAAGGCCCCACUUCGCGAGGGCAAGGCCAUCAGCUACUGGCGUCUCAAGUCUGCUGACGGCACUCCGUUCGGUCACCGCCUGUGGUGUGACGUCGAGAUCAAGACGCCAGUGACCUCGUCUCCAACCAUGCAGGAGGCUCAGCAAGCCGCUCUCCAGCGCUUGCGCAUCCAGCAAAUGCAGCAGGCUCGUGCUGUUCGCAUGCAAGCACAGAUGCAACAGCAGCAGCAAUUGCAACAAGCUGCUGCCGCCGCAUCUGAGCAGCCACCAGCAUACGAGAGCAUGAACCUGUCUGCUCGUCUCGCCGCCAUGCGUGAGCAGCAGAAGCAGCGUCGUGAGCAGAUGAUUGCUCAGCUCAACAUGCAGCGUGACCAGUUUCAGGCGCAGGGCAUCAAGCGUGAGGACAUGCCUAGCUGGCCUCAGCACGCCAACGAAUACAUGGGCAACAAGCCUGCCGAGAACAUGAACGACAAGGAGCGCCGCGAUGCUCUGAAGCAGCGUGUUGCCCACAUCAAGGCCAACAUCGUGAAGACUCGUGAGGAGCGCGAGAAGCUUGCUGAGGAGUUCAACAAGCAGAAGGCAGCUGCCGCCGAGAAGAAGAACGCCGAGGAUACUGCCAAGGUUCAGAACAUCCUCGAGCAGGUCACCAAGCAAGCAGACGAGGAGGAGCAGAAAGCCGCCGACGAAGAGAAGCUUGAGGGCAGCCAGAUGGUGUUCCCAAAGCUCGAGAAGGAGAGCCCAUCCAGCAGCACCUACGAGUCGGCUACUAGCAGCACUCACAAGGGCAAGGCCGCUUACGUCGAGAACGAGGAGGGUGAAGUUGAGCGCUCUGCUACCCCCGCCACCGCGCCAGUCUCGAUCCCAAUCUCAUCGCCAACCCAGGAGCACUUUGUCGACCUCGACGAUGAGUUGGAGGUUCUCAGCGCUGAUGAUGACGAGAGCUCAGAUGGCUUCAUGACCGACGAGGAGUGGGACAUCCUGGACGCCUCAGACUCUGAGACUGUCGCCUCGAAGUAG